AUGGAGUUCUUAAUCGACACCAAGACCUUGACUGGACUGAAGGACAAAGUCGUCUUCAUCACUGGAGGUUCCAAAGGGCUGGGGCUGGCAGCCGCCACUCAAUUCGUGGAACUGGGUUCCAAGGUGGUCAUUGCCGAUUUACAACCACCAUCCAGGCCCCUUGAGGGCUCCGUCUAUUCCUACUGCGAUGUGACGAAAUGGCCCACGCUCCUCGCAGCCAUGCAGGAGACAGUCCGGCUUCACGGAUCACUGGACGUCGUGGUUGCCAAUGCCGGAAUUGGCGAGGUCGAGGAUGUCUUCUUUGACGCCGUGGACGAAUUCACAGGAGAGCUACAGGAGCCAAAGCUAUCCGUCAUAGACGUGAACCUGAAGGGUGUCAUAAAUACAGUGAAGAUAGGCAUCCACCACAUGCGGAAACAGCCAGGUGGCGGCGCCAUCAUCAUGACAUCGUCCUCUGCCGGGUACCUGGGAGAAAAACUGAUACCGGCAUAUAACGCCGCUAAGCACGGGGUCGUGGGCUUGAUGAGAUCCCUGAGAGCAACCACGGAGAAGUUCAACAUUACCGUGAACGUGGUGGCGCCAUGGAUGGCCGAGUCAAAUCUUAUCCAGGAUCAAAUCCGGCAGGUUCUAAAGGAAAACCAUGUUGAAAUUACUAAUGCCGGCAAGGUUGGGAAAGCCAUGGCCUACCUUGCUUGCAGAGGGUUGAAUGGGAAGACAGUCUUUGUUGGCAGGAAUCACUUUACCGAGCUAGAAGACAAGAUUUCCGAGCUGGAGCCUCAGUGGCUCGGCCGGGAGAAUUCCAAAGCGUGGCGGGCAACGAACCAAAGCAACUAUUUCUACAAUCAGAGCUGUUUAUAG